GCACAGUUCUUUUUCAAACCUCCUCUCGGUGCACGGCUUCUUCUUCACCUCAUGCCGAAGCAGACGCGGGCCAAGGUCUCAAAGGCGAUGCGGCACAAUCCUUUGGCGCAUGAUAUCUUGGAGGAGGAGAACAAUCGAGGCAUUCGAAGAACACCGCGGAGCAAGUUACGAAAAGGCAGCGAUACAUUGGAGGAGGAAGGAAGCAAUGUGGUGCCGUCCAGCGUUGCGAAGAAAGUGCUUGGCAUGGUUCAAUCACAAAAGGCUGAUGAUGAAGAUGCGAUUGGCGAGUUUGGCUCUGAACUAGCCUCCCAAGGUGAUGCUGCUCUGGAUGAGGAGGAAGUUGAAGAGGUUGACGUCCAAGUGGAUGAGGAUGGCUAUAUCAUCGGCCCGAAUGCUUCCGAGGAAGACGAACGAGCCAUGUCCCUCUUCCUGCCCAGCAAAGAUGGCAAGGUGGCUUCUCAGGGUCCAACCUUGGCUGACAUCAUCUUGCAGAAGAUCCAGGAGGCAGAAGCGCGGAAAGCGGCAGGAGAGAGCGGUCCCACUGAGGAAGCUGGACUCUCACCCAAAGUCGUGCAGGUCUACAGCGACAUUGGGAAGUUCUUGCGAUUCUACAAGUCUGGGCCGAUCCCCAAGGCUUUCAAGGUCAUCCCUAACUUGACGAACUGGGAAGAGGUCCUGGCGCUGACAUCGCCCCUCACCUGGAGCCCGGCUGCGAUGUAUCAGGCAUCCGCCAUCUUUGUCUCGAACUUGAAUCCGCGGAUGGCGCAGCGAUUCUUCAACCUGGUCUUGCUGCCAGCGGUGCGACAGGACAUUGCAGAGCACAAGAAGUUGAACUUCCACUACUACAGGGCGCUGCGGAAGUCUCUCUUCAAGCCAGCAGCCUUCUUCAAGGGCAUCUUGCUGCCCUUGGCAGCAGAGAAUUGUACCUUGAGGGAGGCCGUGAUCCUGGGUUCCGUGGUCAGCAAGGCAUCCGUCCCUGUGAUGCACGUGGCUGCCAGCAUCGUGCGACUUUGCGUGACCCGACUUGACAGCAAGCAAUCUGGAAGCCGCUUUGUGCCUGGUAGGUGGGUCAAACCCAAUCAGGGGACUAAGUCGGGCUAAGUGACUACUAUAUAAGUGUAAGAGAUGAAAGAGAUGCAUGGAACAAGCAGACGAACAUGGAGUCGUCCUUGCCCUGCGUCACUGACACAGGAGGGGAAUGGUCCUUCCUCCCACAAAAAAGGUGACUUUCACUCAUUUCCAAUCCCUUGAAAUGAGAGACGCAACAGCUAGUUGCUAGAGCCACACAGUUUCUGAGUUGCGGGAUGAACUGCGGUUUUUGGGCCACAAGCUAUAAACUAUGAGUUCUGAAUCGCUGCCUUUCCAAGAGACCGUCCAGGAAGGUCCAAUCGAGUCAGGUCCUCAGUUGGGUCAUGUAGACGAUUAAUCAACACACCCCUCAGGCCCCAGACAUGGAUUGUAAAACUGGGGGUUGACAUACGUAGAAUCAAGAGUCUACACGAAUCGAGCUCUCUUGGUGAGCGAAGAAAAUCCGAUGCGCAACAACUGCCU